AUGAAGGCUUUAGAUAAAGGAGAUCAACGGGUGGAGUUUUACAAAUUUCUCCCUGUAAAUACAGACUCUAAUGGGAGUGAAGUAAUCGACCAUGCAAAAAAUUCCAAUUUCUGUGAAGGUUUACUGUCGCUUGCGUCCAUUGGUUAUCUGCAUGUUGCUACCAUUGGUACUCGGUGCAACCCUGCCAUUGGUUCUGUGGCUCUUCCUGCGGUCGGUAUUCGGUCCCUUGCGUCCAUUGGUUAUGUAGUUCCUGCUGCCAUUGAUGUUCGGUCUGUUGUGUCUAUUGGUUGUUUGGCUGCUGCUGCCAUUGAUGUUCAGUCUGUUGUGUCCAUUGGUUAUCCGGCUGCUGCUGCUAUUGAUGUUCAGUCUGUUGUGUCCAUUGGUUGUUUGGCUGAGCUGCUACCAUUGUUGUUCGGUAUGUUGCGUCCAUUGGUUCUCUGGCUCAUGUUGCCAUUGGUUUUCGGUCGCUUGCGUUGGUUCCUCUUCUUUCGAUUUUGUCCCACUCCCUGA